AUGAUAGAACGUUUUCACCGGCAACUGAAAGUUGCUUUGAUCGCUCGCAGUGACCCAUCUCGUUGGUCGGAUGAGUUACUCCUCGUCCUACUCGGUGUUCGAUCAGCUGUGAAGGAAAACUUGGGUUGUUCCUCUGCAGAAAUGGUUUUCGGCACAACAUGGUUGGCGUCGAACCACAGUGGUCCUGUCGAUAUUAACUGGCCGAAAUCGCUGCCGAUGGCUGAUGAUGCUGCUGAUGCAGAGGGAUACGUCCCCGAUUUGUCUUUUGUCAGCGGACAGGAGAGUUUGGCACUUCCGACGCUGGUGACAUGGACUGUGCCAAUCCCAUCCACAUCUGGGAUCGUUAUAUUUGUAAAAUUUAAAUACGGCACCGUGGAUUCACUGUCGAGAUACGGAUCGGUAGUGAAACCUUCAGAAAUAGAGCAGGUAAAUUUAGAUAAAUGGAAUUGGACGUACUGUCUGCUUGGUUGA